AUGGCACCCAUCACUUGCCUAGACGCUAUUGCCCUGGCACUGUGGGGGGCUGUAGACACGGAUUGCAGCAUCAAAAAGGUCAGCGCGACGCUCACGAUCUUCGACAUUCGCGGGAAACAUUGGACAGUGCCGGUGAUACACUCCAUCAACAAUACCGGCCACGCUGGCUACAGCACGGUCAUCGUGCCCGGUUAUGUGAACAUAAGUGAAGAUGACGUGAGCUUGCGCCUGGGUCAGUGCCAGAUGGACAUGGGGUCAAGCUUCGGGAAUGCGAAGCCUUCCUUUGGGGCGAUUGACCGUGGCUCCAGCGAUCCAGCAGUCCCCGAUGCCCCGUGCCGGCUCCACCAGUCCACGUUCCGGUUCCGCUAUCAACGUGCUCGGCCUGAGCCCGAUGGACCAGAGGAGAUUGUCGUCGCUGCGGAAAGGGUUCCAGGACCGAUUAUCGCUGAAGCACUACGGUUGAUGUCUCGCAUUAAUGAAACUCGGAUGGCGCAGCUGGGGCUAAAUGGUCAACCAGCACCCUGA